AUGAAGGUCCAUCUGUUUGGUGCAGCUUCAUCACCUGGUUGUGCCAACUAUGGACUCAAGCACAUAGCAGCUGAAGGAAAAGGACGCUUCAGUGAUGACACCUUAAAAUUCAUACAGCGGAACUUUUACAUUGAUGAUGGUUUGACGAGUGUAGCAUCCACAGAUCAAGCGAUCCAUCUGGUGAAAGAAGCAAGGGAGCUUUGCAGUACAGGCCAACUCCGACUACACAAGUUCGUUUCUAAUAGCAAAGAAGUCCUCGCCACCAUUCCUAAAGAAGAAUGUGCUGAAGCUGCAACAGAUAAGGACAUGGCACUAGGUGAACUGCAGAUGGAAAGAGCCCUUGGUGUGCAGUGGUGCGUGACUUCUGAUGAGUUCCGGUUCAGAGUGGUCAUCAAGGAGAAUCCACUUACCCAAAGAGGAGUCUUGUCCACAGUUGCUUCAGUCUACGAUCCUCUCGGAUUCGUGGCACCUUUCAUUCUAAUGGGAAAGCAGAUCCUGCAGCAGAUGUGUCGGGACAAGGUCAGCUGGGAUGAUGCUUUACCUGACGACUUGCAACUUCAGUGGGUAUAUUGGCUCCAUGACCUACAAAACCUGAUUGAUGUUAAGAUCCCAAGAUGCUACGUUCCAUCAAGCUUCAAAGUACAGUACUAUGAACUACACCAUUUUUCCGAUGCCAGUGUCUCAGGCUAUGGUGUAUGUUCGUACCUCAGAGCAGUCAGUGAAUCAGGUGAAGUUCACUGUUCCUUGGUUAUGGGGAAGGCAAGAGUUGCACCCACAAAGGUCACAACCAUACCAAGGCUUGAGCUGUCAGCAGCAGUAGUAGCUGUCCGCAUCAGUGACGUGCUCAAAAGGGAGCUGGAAUUAGAGUGUCUACAAGAAUUCUUCUGGACUGAUUCCAUGGUUGUCCUUGGGUACAUCAAUAAUGAAGCUAGAAGAUUUCACGUAUUUGUAGCAAAUCGUGUGGAACGCAUCAAGCAAAGCACAGAAUCCACACAAUGGAAGUUUGUGGCUUCUGAAGAUAAUCCAGCAGACCACACCUCAAGAGGCCUCACAGUAGCGCAGCUUGUAUCCUCUGACUGGUUCACUGGCCCAAGGUUUCUGUGGCAGAAGGAGCUACCAAGUGGAGAAGUCAAGAUGGGAGAAAUCUCAAGCAGUGAUCCUGAACUCAAGAAAGUCCACAACAUCCAUGCGAAAGAGACAAGGUCUCCUUCCUUCGUCGUGGUGUGUGAUCAGUAG